AUGAGGCAGGGGAGAGAAGAAACACUUAAGGUGUUUAUGGACCGCUUUAAUCAAAUUGCGCGUCACGUAAGAAACGUAGAUCAAAAGUUGAUAAUAGGAGCCCUGACAAUUGCGUUAAGACCGGGACCUUUUGUUGAUUUCCUCUACACGGAGGAACCCCAGACGUUGGCUGAGUUCCAAAAUAGGGCAACAAGGUUUAUUCGAAUUGAAGAGGGGCGUGCUUUCCAACAAGCACCACUUCCGCUAGCUAGGUCAAACCGAGGGAGAAAGGAUGGAGGAAGGAUGCUCGGGAGAAAUGACGGAGCAAGCGACCAAAGACAUAGAGACCUCCCUAGGGUGCCUCAAUAUGUUCAUUAUAUGCCUUUGAAUGCACCUCGGGCAAGGGUGAUGGAAGAAGCAUUAAUAGCCGAUUUGCUAACCUUAACUCAAUCGCCCACUCCCAAGGGAGCUGAUGGACGGAAGCAUUGUCAAUAUCAUCAAAACUUUGGAUACACCACGGAGGAUUGCACAACUUUGAAGGAUAAGUUAGAAAAUUUGAUACAGGAAGGACAUUUGCGAAGGUAUGUACAAGAUAAGGGACGAAGCCCUCUAGGAGGUGCCAGACGUCCACCCAAAAGGAGUAAUCACCCUCAGAGGGAUGAUCGGAGAAGUCGAAGCAGGAGCAGAAAACGACCCUUACAGGGCAUCAUCAACACUAUUUCGGGUGGAUUUGCUGGCAGAGGACCUUCGGCAUCGGUGCGAAAACGAUGA